AAGAAUCAUAUAAAAGAUUGGAGAUAAAGUUUAAUUAAAGAGGUUUUUUAGUUUCAAAAUAAAAACAUUCUAAUUGUAAAACAUUGUAGUCUAUUUUUUUUAAGUUUUCAAAGGAAGCAAUAAAUAGUUAGCCAAGGUAUAUUUCAAAGGAUGCAAAUACACAUGGAUUAAUGGAAUGUUAACAAUAAUCACUAGUUUCAAAGGAAUUAGUAUGGAGGAGCUAACCAAUGGAAUCCUCAGAUGCAAUCUUAUUAAUAAUAUUAGCCAUCUUCUUAUACUUAGCAAACUAACAUGGGUAUGUAGUAUCCACAUUCAGCGAAUCAGUCAGCACAGAAUAUCUACAGACCAAACUAUUUGACAAAAGAUGAAAGAAAGGGAAAUUUAGCACUCACAGGAGAAUUAGCUUUAGGGAAGAACAAUAAUUACUAGCAAGUUAAUGGAGGAAGAUUGAAUUACACUGGCAAUAUGAAUUUUGAUAAUUAAGGAUACAGUACGGACCCAUAUAAAAAUAAUAACAAUAGCUACUAAGCUAACCAUUUUAAUAUGAAUGCUAAUCAGUAACCUUACAUGAGAAUUUAAUAGCAAUAACAACAAUAGCAAUAAUAAUUUGGGUCAGGAGCUAAGAAUAUAAAUCCUAGUGAUUUUGAGCAAGCUCAGAGCUCGCUGCGUUUAUUAAAGCAAAAAAUGCAAAACAAGGAAACUAAUAACUACUACAGCAAGCAAGAUUUGUAAAAUAACUUAAACGAUGGAUAUUAGGGAGCCAACUCACAAAGUACAACAAAUACAUCACUCAAUUAAAAUAAAUAGUUUCGCAAAGUUUUUAAAGUAGAUGUAUAAAACAAUGGCAGUGAUACGCUUUAAGAAUUUAAAAAUUAGAGAUCCAACGAGUUUUCAGAUAAUGAGUUCGCUCCUUAACCAUCGCUUAGAUAAAGAGGAUCUCUAUAACGCCCUCAGUAGUAAUAGAAUUCAGAUAAUUAAUAUGGAAGCAAUUAAAAUAGCUAGAGACAAGAUAAUUUUGCAAGAGCAGAUAGUAAUUAGCAAAUUAAAAAUUAUAACAAUACAAAUUUAAAUGGAAGCUUAAAAAGAGAUAAUAGCAACAAUAUAUAAAUUCAAUACUAGUCAUCCAUGCAAAGGACGAUGGAAAAGAAAGACCCAUAAAUGGUCUAUAACUCUUAGAGAUAAAAUUAGAUGUAGAAUUAUGAAUAUUAGGGUAACUAAGAUGCAAACGAUGACGAUUUAAUAUUUUCUAAUCAGAUGAAAAAGAAACCUGCUGUCAAGAAACCACCUUUGCAAAAUAAAGUUCAGCCUGAUUAUAGCUAGUAAAAUAGCUACAGCAGCAAUAUUGGUAAUAAAAAGCAGUUUAAUUCACCUAACUAAGGAGAUUUUAGCUAAAGAUAGCAGCAAUAACAAUAGUAAUAAUAACAACCACCAAGAACUAGUUCAUACAGAGGAGAAGUAAAUGGCCAAAAGUAUUACAAUUUUUCAAAAAAUUUAGAUACUUCAAUUCAUAAAGAUGACGAUGAUGACGAGUAAGAGAAUGCUGCAAACUAGAAAUUUGUAUCAAAAACAAAGUUUUCUAACAAUUAGGGAAAAUAUAGCUCAAAGACAUUCACUGAUGAAGAAGAAAAAUAGUACGACAAUGGCUAAUAUAAAAAUAACUAUUAAAAUAAUAACUAGCAACAAAAAAAUAAUAAAUUAGCUUAAUUAAAUAAGAAUAAUUCAUAGAAACAAGUAAAUAGUGCUUUAGAAUAGCCAAUUAUAUCAAAUUAAAAAGUAAACGAACCUAGUAAGUACGAUCUUACUUAAAUAAAUGCGAGAGAAGCUAUUUAAGAUAAUUUAGAUAAUUUAGAAGAGUGUCCUGAGGGCUGCGGGAGAAGAUUUGCUCCAGAAGCUCUAGAAAAACACGCUAAAAUAUGUAAAAAGGUAUUUUAGUAAAAAAGAAAAAAAUUUGAUACAAAAAAAUAAAGAAUAAAUGAUGAAGAACAUGAAUAAAUAUUGUAAUAAGCAUAAAUGGAAGAAAAGAUGAGAAAUUAAUAUGCAUCUAAAAAUAAAUAGCCUGCCAAAACGAACACAUAGUAAUAAGACAAAAAAUCUAAGUGGCGUAUGCAAUCUGAAUAGUUUAGAGCUGUUUUAAGGUCAAAUAAAGGAGGAGAAUAAGCAUAAGAUAUACCAUAAUAUGAUGACAGAAUAGAAUGUCCUCACUGUAAAAGAAAAUUCUAGGAGUCUUCUUAUAACAAACAUGAAUAAAUAUGUGCUAAUCGUGCAAAAAUAGCUAAGGCAUCUGGAAAACCUUUCAUAAAAAAAUGA